AUGUGCCGCCUCGCCGCGCUCUCCGGCCGCCACGUGCGCAGCAUAACGCUGCUGGAUGUGAACAUCAGAAACAGAGACCUGCACAUCAUCGCCCUGUACUGCAGCGGGCUGCAGCGGCUGGCAGUCGGCGGGACGGCUUCCUUACCGGGCACCGGAGUCACGGCCGCCUCGCCGACCGACGCCGGCCUAGAUGCAGUAAUCUUCGGCUGCCGAGAUCUCCAGUGCCUCUCCCUCUUCCGCUGCCCGCUCGUCACCGACGCGUCGCUCCUGAACCUGGCCGCGGCGCCGCAGCGGCUGCGUGCGCUCGCGCUGCACGCCUGCGGCGGUGUGCGCGCGGCGGGGCUGGCCGCAUUCGUGAGGGGCGGGGCGGCGGCGCGGCUGCAAACACUUGAGGUGGCGGCGGCGGAGGAGGGCGCGGCGGGCGGCGGGGCCGCGGUCUUCACGGACGACGUCUGCGCGGCUGUCGCGGCGCACUGCCCGGCGCUGCAGGCCCUCACCCUCUGCGAGGAGCGCCUGCACCGCCCCGCCCUCGGCGCCGCCGCCCUCUCCGCGCUCGCCCGCGCCCUCGGCCCCCGCCUGCUGCACCUGGACUUAAAUUCAAUUGAGGCGGGCGACGCGUUUCUGGGUGUCCUUGCGGGUUCGUGCCCAAACCUGCUGACCCUGUCCCUGUGCGACGCCGCGGCCGGCGGGGCGGGUGUGGCGGCGGUCGCGGGGAAGUGCCCGGGCCUGCGGCAGCUGCGGGUCGCCGGGCGCGCCCUGCACGCGUGGCACCUGCCUGCGGAGCAGGCGCCGCCCGGCCUGACUGUGUCGGACCUGCUGGACAUCUCGGGCCACUGCCGCCACCUCACAGCACUGGAGUUUACCGGGGUGUCUCCAGACCCCGAGCCCCUAGAACCCCCGCGGCCCGCGCAGCCGCGGCGCCUGGAAGAAGCCCUCAACCCACGACCCGUUGACCCGGAGGGGCGGGGACACGGCGGCCUGCACGGCGGCGCCGGCUCCCCCGGGGCGUCUGCCAGCCACAGCGGGGCCGCGGCGGCGCCGGGGGCGACGGAGCCCGCGCCCGCCCCCGCGCCGCCGCUGCUGGCGCCGGCGCUCUGGGGGGGCCUGUCUCGGCUCGCGCUGGACUGGCUUAGGGCCGAGCCGGGGGCCGUGCAGGGGCGCCUGGCCGCGGCGCUGGCGCACUGCGGGGCGCUGCGGCAUCUGAGCCUGGCGGGCUACCAAGGUGACGUCACCGAGCUCCUCGCCGCGCUGUCCUCGGCCGGGGCCCCGCUCGGGUCCGCGUGUCUCGUGCACGCCCGCGUGUCCGACGCCGCCCUCGCUCUGCUGACGUCAUCGUUUGCGUCAUCCCUGGUGACCCUGAGGCUGGCUUCCUGCCGGGCAGUUACUGACCAGGGGCUGGCUGAGCUGCGGAAGCUGCCGCGGCUGGAGAUGCUCGAUUUGUACCAGGUGCCGUCGGUGUCGGCCGACGCCGUCGCCGCGCUGGUCACCGCCGCGCCCGCCCUGUCCACCCUCUACCUCGGCCACCACACCGCGGCCAGCUCCCGCCCCGCCGGCGCCGACAUGCACCUCGCCCACGUCUACGCGGCCGCGGAAGCCCGACGCCGCGGCGGCGGGGCGCGGGUGUGGGUGAUGAUGCGCGACCUUUCAAACGACGAGACGCAUCAGGCGCGCGCCGCGGCGCGCGCGGCGGCCGUCUGCUGA